AUGAGCACGAAGGCGGAAGUCCCCAUCGGGAAGGAAACAUUCCCGGUGUCCGGUACAACAACCGCUCAGCUGCCCCUGAGGCCCAUUCCGGAGUGUCUGCGAGCGAAGGCCGCCAGUGAACUGAACGAAAACGAGCAAACCGUCGCCCAGGAGUUGGAGCUGCUCCAGACCUGGAUGAAGCAGUCGGGUCACAUCCGCGGCCGGCUCGAGGAGCAGUUUCUGGUAGGGUUUCUGCGCGCCUGCAAGCACAGCCUGGAGCGAGUGAAGCAGAAGCUGGACACCUACUACACAAUCCGCUCCGUCCUACCGGAAGUGAUGCGUAACCGUGAUCCGCUGGAUCCGUUCGUGCGCCAAGUGAUCCGAAUGGGUGUUUCGGUUCCGCUGCCUCACACCGUCCGCCCGGACGACCCGAAAAUUAUGCUUAUCCGGGCCGAUGCGUUCGACGGCGAAGUGUGCGAUUUUCCCGACGUGCUGAAGGUGUUCACCAUGAUCGGUGACCUGCUGUUGCGCGACGACGAUCAGCUGGUGAUCUGCGGCCAGGCAGCCAUCAUCGACUUUGGUCACUCGUCCAGCGGCCAUCUGUUCAACUUCAAUCUCUCCUUUCUGCGCAAAGCAUCAAUCCUGAACCAGCAGGCAUCGCCGCUCCGCCAGAAAGGCUUCCACUUCGUCAACACACCGAAGGGCUUCGACAUCGUGCUAAACAUUUUCAAAGGUCUCAUGACGGAGAAGAACCGCAACCGGACGAUUGUAUCGCACGGUUCCAGUCUCGAGUCGCUACACAAACACUUUCCCCGGUCCAUACUGCCGGCCGAGUUGGGCGGCGAGCUAGGGCCGGUGCAGCAGUUCGUCGACGAAUGGGAGCAGAAGCUGAUCGACAACCGGACGUACCUGAUGGAGGAGGAAUCGCUUGGGGUGGACGAGAGCCGACGCCGAACCACCAAUCCGUUGGCGGAAGAAAAGGAUCUCUUCGGAACGGCCGGCACGUUCCGGAAGCUCGAGUUCGACUGA